AUGGCCCACCCCAAUGUCUUCGUGCGAGGCCUGCCUCUGGCCUGGGGAGAGGUGGAGAUCACCGCACUCUUUCAGCAGUACGGUACCCUGACAUCCAUUCGCCUGGUGCGGCACUCUGUCACCAAGCACAGCCUUGGGUACGGCUUCGUCCGUUUCCAGUCUUUUGAGGACGCCCAGGCGGCCAUCAACGCCCUGGACGCCACCACCACUCACGGCCAGACGCUGCAGGUGAAGUUUGCCGACGCCGACGCUGGCCCGCCGGCCGCCUCCCCCGUGUCGGGCCUGACCCCCUCAGAGAGUGUGUAUGUCAAGCACCUACCCGCCGCCUCCACGGUGUCCGACGUCCAGGCCCUGUUUGAGGGCAUCGGCGGCGUGCAGGACGUCAAGCUCUUCCCCUGCCUGGACCACUUCCGCAGCGCCUCCGCGCUGGUGCGCAUGGCCAGCCGCCGCGACAGCGAGCGCGCCAUCGCCGCGCUGAACAACACCACGCCCGCCGGCAGCCUGCAGUCGCUGGUGGUGCGCUACGCCGAGCCCGUGACCCUGACGCUGACGGGCCUGCCGCCAGCCACAGACCGCCUGUGGCUGUACGAGAGCUUUGCGGCCUACGGCGCCAUCCUGAGCCUGCACGUCCUCCAGGAUGAGGCCACAGGCCAGUGCUCCGGCACCGGCCUGAUCACCUUUGGCAAUGCGGGGUCGGCGGAGCGUGCGGCGGUGAGCAUGCACGGCGCUCACGUCGGAGACCACGUGCUCUCGGUGACCCUGCAGCCCGCCAGCGGCACCCAGGCCCCGGGGGGGUCUCUGCACCCCGGCCUGGCGGCUGCCCUGGGCGGCAACUGGGUGGGGCCAGAGUGGUAG